AUGACUCAAACAGGCGAGGUACAUCUACUUUUGAAAAUGAAAUCAAUCCCUUGUAUUGCAUCAGGAAAGCACCCCAUAAUUCAGGACUUUCAAACUUGGAUGCGAACAUCAUCACAUCAUCUUUACGAGCAGCAACAAACCAACAAUAUCAGUGCUGUUGGAAAAGAUGUUUAUUUUGGUUGUUUAGCGACACGUUACGGAGAGGACUGUGAGAGACCCUGCAGUCAUAACUGUAUAAACGGAACCUGUCAUGCAAACAACGGAACAUGUACCUUAGGUUGUGAUGGAAAUUACUUUGAUGCGAAAUGUCAAAAUGCUUUGUAUGAUGGCAGCUAUAUUUCGAAUUCUAAACAGGCUAUUUAUAUCGGUUCUGUAACUGGGGUCGUCGGCUCUCUUUUAGUUGUAAUGGUACUAAUACAUUUUUUCAGAUCAAGAAAAAGAGAAAAUAUUUACUCAACAUCUGGUGUUGCAUAUAAGGAAAAUAAUUAUGAUCAACUGAUUUUCAAAAUUCCCGUUGAGGUUGAUAGAAGAGAAAAGAAUAAACCACAGGCACGGAAUCCAAAUGAAGAAGUUUACGAAAACAACUUGUAAAACAACUCAGCAAAAUACGUAAUAAAAACCGGAAACACUAUCCAUUGAAAUUUCUUUCGUGACAUACGUCAUUUGUUGAGGUACUAAUUAGUUGCUGGAAGAGAUACUUUAAUACAAGUCAAAUGAGAACUAUUUUUAAAAAUAGAAUUCGAGAUAUAUAUUAAAUCUGAUUUAUCUUUAAUUAAUCUUUCAAGAGAAA